UAAGGAUCUACGCAACGAUGGAAACAUAUAAAGGCUACCGACGUUGCUGGAUCCCAUAAAGCUGCAUCUUCAGGCGAAGUCUCAAGUUUGAUUGAUAGCAACGUGAAAGACACCGUACGCAAAUCCACACUACAAAUUUUCCCCCAAGCCUCUUUCGUAAAGAUGUCUUCCAUACACAAAGAUCCAUUCGUCGACACCGAAUCCAUUAUCGACAACGAGUCUAUAGUAGAAACUCUCGUUGACGAUACCUCCAAUACUACCACUUCAGCAGUCGGACCUUUUCCCUCCACUUUCACAAUCUCUUUCAAGAAAGCCUUUCUCCCUUUCGCAUACUACAUCACCCCCGGUGACUCCUUUUCCCCUGAUUUGGAACCCCUGAUGGGCAUUGCGAUCAACUGGGGCAUCUUGGGCAAACCUCUCCUCACGCUCUACGAGCGCUUUGACAAGAACAGUGCCAAGCUUGGCAUCGUGCGAUACUCAGGGGUGUUAGGCAAGCAUAGCAUGAUUGAGCUUCCAGCAAAGGGUUCCGGCGAACAACACGAUGGGUCGGACGAUGACGAGAAUCAUAGUAGUGACGCGGAGAAAGUGCAACUGCGAAUGAAAAUCGGCUUCCCGGCGUGUAGGUUCGAGUUCACAAUGCCAGUCGCCUCCGAAAAAGGGACACGCGAUGAAAGAUUCGAGUGGAGGGGCAGUAAAGGUGCUGAGGUGAAAGAGCUCGAGGCAUGGAAGUACGGGUUCAAACUCGUUCGUCUAGACUCUGAUGAGGUUACCUCAAGCUCGAGCAACGGAGAGGUCGUUGCAGCGGCGGCGUGGCCGGGGAAGAUGAGCCUGACCCAGUUGGCAAAGUUCAAGUUUCUGGGGAGCGCGGAGAGGGGCGAGCUGGGUGAGAUGUGGGCGGUCAUGGCGGUCAUGAGCUUCUUGAGAAUCAUGCAGAUUCAUGCCGAGGGAAGGUAGACGAAAUGACACUGAAGAUGUAAUCUUGCAUGGUGUUCCAGUUGGCGUUUACCGGGGCGUCUUUCGUUCACCAUUUUGAUAACAAUUCUGAUUUGCUUCAGAUUCAGCCAUUCCAGAGUCAGGGCGCACAUAGUAUCAAAGGGCUGAAAGCUACACCAUAGCUUUAUCUUCCUCUUGAGGGUCUCCGUGUUCACGAUAGUUUACCCCUCGAGUCGAUAUCCUCGGCCAGGACAUGUUAGACAUCAUUGAUCAUCGCACAGGCACGAUCAUUGUUGCUAAGAAUGACGUGCACUCGGGAAUUUCUGCCACACAAGGUGUAUCGUGAAAUAAACCAUUCCAGGAUAGAUGCCAAGGGGCUUGAAUAUAGAGAGCAAGCUCUAUGUUUACGUAUGAGGAGCUCUCUACCUUAGAGAACUAUCGAACGUAAUACUAAGCUAUAGUUAGAUCUAUUGGCUAUCCUAUUUGUAUUCCGUAUGAAUAAAUAGUCC